AUGACAAUCGCAGUGAUGCAACAGAUGUCUACUAGAAAAUGUCUGGGUGUCUGCCGAAUUCCCGCGGUUCCUGCAUCUUUGGUGACUCAUGCGAAUCUGACGGACCCCCUGCAGUCACCAUCGCCGGAUGCAAGCACUGGUUGCCCCGCUGACGCUGCAGCCGUGGGGACAAACAUCCCAGCCCGAAAUUGGUCGUCUGUCUCCUCCCCCGCGGCCUCCGAAACCACCUUUCGACGCCUAACUUUGCGAGGCCAGCAGCUACUGUACAAACCUGGAAGUGCGGUGAAGAUGAAGGCGGACUCCUCUGCCUCUGCGCCAAACCUCUUUUCCUCCAUGUUUGGCAUCUUAAGCCGUCGGGGUUCUGGCCCGAAAGAUGGCAACCAGCGACGCCUCUUUGUGAUGAGGCAUGCGGAGCGAGUGGACCUCUGCUUCGGCCGUCUGUACAGACGCUCGAAUUUGAACCUGCCACCCCGUCUGCACAACCGCGAAGACCUGGUGGACCACGUUCUAGAUGCGCCUCUCACACAGAUUGGCGUCUUUGUGGCGGCUGCUUCAGGGAAGGCUCUGGCCGAGGCCGGUGUCCGAUUC